CCCCUCAUGCCAAAGAAGUUGGUAGAUUUGGCAUAUUUGGCGUUAUAAUAUAUUAGUAAUAGUAGUGACUAGUCAGUGGCAUAUUUGGCGUUAUAAUAUGAUAUAAUGGACCCAAAAGAGAUAAAGAAUGCAUUAAAAGAUGCACGUGAGGCAAUACGCAUUAAAAACUUUAAAGAGGCUUUGAAGCAUUGCAAGCUAGUCAUCAAAGCAGAUAAGAAUAACUACAAUGCGUGGGUGUUUAUCGGUGUAGCAGCUGCAGAGCUUGACCAGCCAGAGCAAGCUGAAGCUGCUUAUCGGCGAGCUAUCGACAAUGCACCUGAACAGAUCCUUGCAUGGCAGGGCCUGUGUGGAUUUUAUGAGAAAGGUGGUGACACUUACCUGACAAAACUAGUGGAUGUGUAUGGGAAAUUGAAGCAGAUGUACAAUGAAACUGAUAACAGUAAGAUGGCUGCUAUUGAAGACAAAUUAACCCUCUUACACAUAGAGCUUGGAAACAUUAAUGAGGCUAUAAAAACAUGGGAAUGUAUGAAAUUAACAACUCCAAGCAAUAUGGAGGACAGAGUAUCUGGAGUGACAAAGAAACUUGCCCAAUAUCUAGUACAACAGAAAUCACUUUCUGUGGGCCAUUCUGAAUUUUUGUGUCAUUUACUUGAAUACCUACUCAAAAGUUUGGCUGCACCAAGUGAUGACCACAAACAGAUAAAUGAAAGUUUCUUACAGCUCAUUGCCAAUAGUGAUAGCGAGACUGCCAUUGUGAUGAAAGAGUGCAAGAAUAUGUUGAAUAUGUAUCCAGAUGCACAGACUCCUUUGAAAAUCCUUUGCCGGGUCAUUUUAAAGAAAUCUGUAGAAGAGACUAUUGCGAUUGAGGAAGCAGAAUCAGUAGCAGCAAGAUUGGAUAUACUACAGCCGCCAUCUGGACUGAGUGCCAUCAUUAAUGGUGUUAUCAAAAUGAAAAGACAGGACUAUUUGAAUGCACUUGAACUUUUACAAAUAGGUAUUGGACGCUCUGCAGAAUGUAUAGAGGGUUGGCUAUACUUGAGUAAAGUAAACCGCAAGCUCUACCGUGUAGAAGAAGCACAACAAGCUGCUGCAAAAGGAAUACAGCUUGUUCAAGAAGUGCAGACCCGUGAGUGCAAAAAACUGCUACAAGCCCUUAGGUUGGUACUGGCCGAGUCACUUGCUUUGCAACGAGGAGUGCAGCUGAGUAAAGCUGAGGAAAUUUAUACAGAGUGCAUAAAGAUGGAUGGAGCCAAUGCCAAUAUCAAGAUUAAGUUAGGUUAUGUGCUACUACAGCAGGGUAAGGUUGAGCAAGCCAUGGAACUUGGAACGGAGUGCAUGCCUGGCUUACCAGCUCCUGCUCUGGCUCUCAUUGGCUGGGUGCAUUUACAAAAAGAACAGUUAGAAGAAGCCGAACAAAGUGUACAGCAAGCCCUGGAAGAAGAUGAUAACUGUGCUUGGUAUAAUCAUCAAAUGGGUAUUAUACAUUGGAAAAGAAGAGAAGAGAGAAGUGAGAAGAGUUUUGCACUGUUUCUUAAGGCAGCCAAACUUGAUCCAUACUUUUAUGGCAAUUUUCUCUACCUGGGACAUUUUUAUGCUGAAGUGGUAAAAGACUUGAAUAAAGCAAGACGCUGUUAUCAGAAAGCUUAUGACCUGAAUAAGCAGAGUGAAGAUGCUGCCAUUGCUCUGAGUGAUACCUACAGGCGUAGUGGAGAACAUGAAGCCAAUUUGAACUUAUUGAAGGCAGUCACUGGUAAUUUGUCUCCAGUCAACUGCAAGUGGGCAUGGCUAAGACUAGGUCUGGCUUACCUAGACACUGGAAACAGUACUGCAGCCGUCACAUCCUUCCAGGCUGCACUGCGUACAAAUCCCACUGACUUUCAUUGCUGGGAGUGCCUGGGAGAUGCUUAUACAUCGAGAGGCAGUCACACUGCGGCUAUGAAAGCUUAUAGUAGAGCGCUAGAGUUAAGUCCUGACUCUGUCUAUUGUAUGUAUCAGGUGGCGUCUAUCAAGCAGAUUGUUGGCCUCUACGCGGAUGCCAUAUCGGAGUACAAGCUCCUUCUGCAGCAGUUUCCAGACUACGUCCCUGCGAUGAGGGGCUUUGCUGAAGCCAGUCUCCUGCAGGCGCGAGCGUGGCUGCAGCAGUACUUUCAUGGCAGGGUACUGCGUGUGUGUCAGGACAUCAUUGACGUGCUCACCAUGGCUGUCAACCUGAAGCCGGGCUUCAGUUGUCUGUGGAAACUGAUGGCGGAUGCCUGCAUGCUUAUGCGACAGUUACCAGCAGAUGUCGUCGAUGUUGUCGUGCCAGCUCAGCUGCUGCGCGCCGGUGACAGCAAGUUGGGCCAGACACUCUCUGUGGGAAAAGCCGACAUCUUGUCGCUUGCCUCGAAGUGCUACGGCAGGGCACUGAGAUUGCUCCCUGAUUGCUGCAGCCUAUGGCAGGAUCUGGGCACCAGCUAUUAUUAUAGGAUGGCAUGUACGAUGGAUAGUACCCAGAAGACGGAACUGGGCUGUAAGGCAUUGCAGUCACUAAAAAAAGCAGUAACAAUAUCACCACAGGACUAUAGGCUCUGGUCUGCUCUCGGUGUUAUUGCAGCAUGUCAAGAGAUAUCGAAUCCACGUUUGGCACAGCAUGCUUUCAUAAAAUCAAUCGAUGCCGAGAAAAACAAUGUUAUUGCAUGGACAAACCUCGGCGCCCUCUAUCUCAUACACGAGAACUGUGAACUAGCACACGAAGCAUUCAAGGUGGCUCAAGCACUAGAUCCGUCCUAUGUGUAUUGCUGGGUUGGACAAGCCAUGAUUGCAGAGUGUGUGGGUAAUGAAGAAGCCAUGGACCUGUUUCGCCACACUACCGAACUCUGCAUGAAUAUGGAAGGCGCCAUAGGCUAUGCAAACUGGGUUUGCAAAAUGCUGCAGGGCAUGUCCUCGAAGAAAGCCGAAUCCUUUCACUAUUCAAAUAAACAGCUACCAGGUAUUCUUGGUGCUUGUGAUGCCAUGGCAAAGUACACUGAUCGAAACCGAGGCAACUCGUUAGCAUAUAUCAUGUAUGGCCUGCUGCUGGAACACCUUGGAUUGUACACGGAAGCCAGCAGGGCAUUCAGUAGGGCCGCACAAUUGUUAGAGGAGAGCAGUGAGCACCAGGCCAAAGUACGACUCAACCUCGCCCGAAUACUAUGCAAACUGGGGCGAUAUGUAGAUGCAGUGCAGCUCUAUCAGACUGUGACGGGGCAAGCAGACUUCGAAAGCAUCUGUGGCAUGGGACUUGCUCUAUACCAGGCGAGCAUGAUGAAGGAGAGUUAUCAAGCUUAUGAAAAAGGAUUACAGAUCUGCCCAGAAGAUGACAAGUCACACGUUCUGGUUGCCAUGGCAUUGGUAGCCUACAAAUUUAAUGACAUUGCUGGAGCAAAGUCCGUUCUUUUCAAAAGCUCCCUCUGUCAGCCAGUGUCUACGAUGGGCCUACUAGCCCUCUGUGCACUCGGUUGUCUGCAGCGGGAUGAUACACUGGCUCAGGCUGCCUUACACGAGCUGCACAAACACAGGCAGGACGUUUCCCAUGUCGCUGAUAUUACAACACUGCUGGCCAGUCUAGGCACACUCCUGGGCAGGCCGGAAAUGGCAGUACGUGAGGCUAGUAAGCACGUACAUGCUCACCCACACUUGGAAUCCCUUUGGUUUCUCCUGGGUGAAGCCCUGCUAAAGUGCUCUGCCGCCUCAGAGCGCAGCUUCCUGUGCGCACAGAAGGCACUCCACCUAUCUGACGGGACAUCACAGAUGUCACAGCUACUGGCCAGCUUGUGUGGCUUGGCUGCUGGGAACUAUAAAGCUGCUCUACAGUACGCCCAGAGGGCUGUUCACCAAAACCCAGGUGGGACCACGACCUGGACAAGUCUAUUGGCUUGCUGCAUUGCUGUCAGUCGCUCUGGUAGUGGGAAGAACUUUAGCCAUUUCGAAUUGUGCCUAAAAAAUCACAUCCUCAACACACUGCAAAAUGACAAUUAUGUAUCGAAAAUUCAUGAAUGGGUCAAAUUGUUGAAUUAAUAUAUUAGGGGCAAAGUAUGGGUAAUGUUAUAGCUGUGGUAUUAUAUGCUUAUGCAAGUUUAACCAGAGUAGCCUUGGAUUGCAUCAUUCAGUUUUUGGUGACAAGUAUUGUUUGAAGAAAAGUAAAUAUAAUAAAAAAUGUGCUUUGCUUCUGGACACAUUCAA